GCCAAAGUACCUUCAAAAGCCAAACCCCUUCUCUAUCCUUUCUUUUUUCUUUGAAAAAAAAAUAUCAUCAACCUCCACAUCUAAACUUAAAGUUAAAUCCUUUGAGUUUCAGAUCAGGACAAAGUUAGGAUCUUUUCUUUUUUGCUUUUUCUUUUUGGUUUAAUUUUGACACAAACGAGGUAAGCGCACUUCUAUCACUUCAUAAGUAGAAGAAGAAAAAAUGGGGUUUGUGGGUAGAGUGUGAUAUCAGUUCAGAUUUGUUAACAAGUCGAAGAACAUAAGAAAAAAAGAUUUUUUUUUUCUUUUUCUUUUUGUUUUGGAUGCAUGGUGAAGAAGAAGAAGUAGAAGACCCACUAAAAUUUUCAGACAAGAGUUUUUUUUUUUUUUUUUUUAAAUGGGUUGUUGUCAGUCAAGAAUAGAUAGAAAAGAGAUAGUGUCUCGUUGCAAAGCGAGGAAGAGAUACUUGAAACAGCUUGUCAAAGCUAGACAAACUCUCUCUGUCUCUCACGCGCUUUAUCUCCGUUCUCUACGCGCCACCGGCUCUUCCCUUGUUAACUUCUCCUCCAAAGAAACCCCUCUUCACCUCCACCACAACAAUCCUCCUUCUCCAUCUCCUCCUCCUCCUCCUCCACCGCGUCCUCCUCCACCUCCUCUAAGCCCUGGCUCAGAGACCACUUGGACCUCCACCACCACUUCCUCCGCUCUUCCUCCUCCGCCUCCUCCUCCACCACCACCUCCUCCUCCGCCUUCCUCUACAUGGGACUUCUGGGAUCCGUUUAUUCCGCCUCCUCCUUCUUCCUCCGAGGAAGAGUGGGAGGAAGAGACAACCACCGGAACAGCCGCCGCAACCGCCACCGGAACUGCUUCUGACGCUACUGUCACGACGGCUCCGACGUCAGCUACUCCUCAAGGCUCUUCGGUGGUGAGUGGAUUCUCUAAAGAUACAAUGACGACGACGACGACGACAGGAAGCGAGUUAGCAGUUGUGGUGUCGAGGAACAGUAAAGAUCUGAUGGAGAUUAUUAAAGAAGUCGAUGAGUAUUUCCUUAAAGCUGCUGAUUCCGGUGCACCACUCUCUUCUCUCCUUGAAAUCUCAACCUCUAUCAACGCCACAACAGCUCAUACCAAAGGAGGGAAAAUGUAUAGUAACUACGAAUGCAAUCUGAAUCCGACGUCGUUUUGGACAAAGGGGUUUGCUCCUAAGUUAAACGAAUACAGAAACGCAGGAGUAGUAGUUGGAGGAAAUUGCAUUGUUGGUAGCCAUUCCUCUACGGUGGAUAGACUAUAUGCGUGGGAGAAGAAGCUCUUUCAAGAGGUUAAGAAUGCAGAGAGCAUAAAGAUGGAGCAUGAGAAGAAAGUUGAGCAAGUGAGAAAGCUUGAGAUGAAGAGAGCUGAGUAUGUCAAGACUGAGAAGGCUAAAAAAGACGUCGAGAAGUUAGAAUCUCAGCUAACAGUGUCUUCUCAGGCCAUCCAGAGCGCCUCUAACGAGAUCAUCAAGAUCAGAGAGACCGAGCUAUAUCCUCAGCUCGUAGAGCUCGUUAAAGGGCUGAUGUGUAUGUGGAGGAGUAUGUACGAGAGCCAUCAAGUUCAAACUCAUAUUGUUCAGCAACUUAAGUACCUAAACACCAUCCCCUCCACUGAACCCACUUCAGAGCUUCACCGACAGUCAACUCUUCAGCUUGAGCUGGAGAUCCAACAAUGGCAUUACUCUUUCUGCAACUUGGUCAAGGCCCAGCGUGACUACAUCCAGUCUCUCACGGGUUGGCUCAGGUUAAGUCUGUUCCAGUUCAGCAAGAAUCCACUAGUUAGGAGUAGCUAUGAGUCAAAGAUCUACAGCUUCUGCGAGGAAUGGCACUUGGCUAUUGACAGGAUCCCUGAUAAAGUAGCAUCUGAAGGAAUCAAGAGCUUUCUGACUGCAGUCCAUGGAAUUGUGGCUCAACAGGCCGAGGAGCAUAAGCAGAAGAAGAGAUCUGAAUCCAUGUUAAAAGAUUUUGAGAAGAAAGCGGCUGCACUGAGAGCGCUGGAGAGCAAGUAUAGUCCAUACUCGGUGCCUGAGAGCAAAAAAAAGAACCCGGUGAUAGAGAAGAGAGUAAAGGUUGAGAUGCUUAAAGGUAAAGCAGAAGAAGAGAAAAGUAAGCAUGAGAAGGCAGUGAGCGUGACUAGAGCCAUGACUCUGAACAACUUGCAGAUGGGAUUCCCUCAUGUUUUUCAGGCAAUGGUUGGGUUCUCAAGUGUGUGUAUGCAAGCCUUUGAGUCUGUGUACAACCAAGCUAAGUGCAUCGGUGAGGAGCAAGAGGAAGAUUAUGUGCCCACCGUUUUCGAUAAUUUCAGUGCAAAUGUGGUGGUUAAUGGAGCCACCGUUAAUCUUGGAUUGUGGGAUACUGCAGGGCAAGAGGAUUACAACAGAUUAAGACCACUGAGCUAUCGUGGGGCAGAUGUUUUCAUAUUGGCCUUCUCUCUUAUCAGUAAAGCCAGUUACGAAAACGUCUCCAAAAAGUGGAUCCCGGAGUUGAAACAUUACGCGCCUGGUGUCCCCAUUGUCCUUGUUGGAACAAAGCUUGAUCUUCGAGAUGAUAAGCAAUUCUUCAUCGACCAUCCUGGCGCUGUCCCGAUUUCUACUGCUCAGGGAGAGGAGCUGAGGAAGCAAAUAGGAGCACCUACUUACAUCGAAUGCAGUUCCAAAAGUCAAGAGAAUGUGAAGGCAGUGUUUGACGCGGCCAUUCGAGUGGUGUUGCAACCGCCGAAGCAGAAGAAGAAGAAGAGCAAAGCGCAGAAGGCGUGCUCCAUCCUAUGAUGAUUGCAAAAAAACUCUGUUUUUAUAUAUUUUUUUGGUUUUGGCAUAUUAAUCUUCUAACAGUUGCAUCAAUGUGUUUGGUUUGGUCCUUUUUGUUAUCAAUAUUAAUAUGGAUUUU